AUGAAACUAUUCACUAAGCUUCUGCUUUCUUCUUUGACGCUUUCUUUAGCUUCUGCGGCAAGCCUCAAUUUGCAGAAGGAUCAAUUGCAACUGCGUGAAGAAACUAUCACACUUUCUAAGCGGUUCGACAAUGCAACUAUCGUUUACUUCCUUGCAUUGGGCAACAGUACUUGCGGUACGACGAUGGAAUUAAACGACUUCAUCGUAUCAAUCAACUCCGAACAAUACGAAGGCGGCUCACGCUGUCUUGAAUACGUAACAGUCAGUUACGAAGGGAUGUCUUCUACAGGCCAAAUUGUCAACGAGUGUACUACCUGUCCGCCAUAUGGCCUUGCAUUAUCACCGGGCAUGUGGUCGAGCUUUGGGCUGAGUACAGAGCCCAGUGUGAUCUAUGGCGACUGGGUCUUUGACUCUUGA